AUGUCGAGGAAAUACUACGAUAAGUUGCUGGGCGAAAUACAAAACCAGUCCAAGCCGGUGGAGUCGAAAUAUGGCUCCUACAUUAUGCAGAAAUUCGGAUGGGCCAAGGGAAAGGGCCUAGGGAAACUCGAAGAUGGAGACGUGAGUAUUAUGAAAAUUAGGAAAUAUGGGGAGCACGGACUAGGAUAUGAAGAACGCCAAAAGAAUGAAGACGAAAAGGGAGGCAUGUGGUGGGAAGACAUGUACAACAAUUGUGCCAAGAAAAUAAAUCAGGGGGGCACUAAAAAUUCCCUGGGGACAAGCGAAAAAAAACCGGAAAAGAGAAAAAAAGAAAAUAUAAAAUAUUCCAUUUUCGUUAAAAAGAGCAACACUUCAUUAAAUUCAGCAAGUGAUAAAUGCGUGUCUUCUAACGAGGACGACCAGUCACCUACCAAUGACAACAAUUCUGAGAAAAGUGCCAUUGUAGAGGAGGGGAAAAAGAUUAAGGAAGAAUGUACAGAUCGUGCAAACGACAAUGAAAUAGACAGUCAGAUAAAAGCCGGGGAAGCUAACCACAAGUGGAAAAUAAAAACCGACAAUGCGUUAAUCAAUAAGGUAGCUAUAAUAAGUAAGGUAAAGAAUUGGUCGAAAAACAAGAAGAAAUGGAAAAAGCGAAAUGUGUGGGGGAAGUACAAUGUAAAGUGA